AGUGACAAAAUGUUCGCAUUUGCAGCUGUUCUUGGUCUCAUCGCAGCGGCUCAAGCCGUUGAAUUCGAAAUUGUCAACAACGAAGGUGGUCCUGUUUGGGUCGGCAUCCAAGGGAAUCCAGGACAUGAACAUCUUAGCAAUGGAGGAUUGAUUUUGAAUCAAGGACAAAGUGUGACUUUGCAAGCUGCUGAAGACUGGGCAGGCCGUUUCUGGCCCAGAACCUGGUGCGACCCCGACAGUCAACAUUGCCAAACUGGAGACUGCGGAAACAAAGUCGAAUGUGGUGGCGCUGGUGGUGUUCCUCCUGCCUCCUUGGCUGAAAUCACCCUUAAAGGAUACGGAGGUAUUGACUACUAUGAUGUUUCUUUGGUCGACGGUUACAACAUCCGAAUUGCUAUGGAACCAAUUGGUGGACAAGGUGACGGUGGCCAAUACAGUUGUAAGAAAUGUGCCUGCAGUGUAAACCUUCUCGACACUUGUCCACAAGAACUCAAAAUUAUCAAUGGUGAAGGUGCCACCAUUGCUUGUAACUCAGCUUGUGGUGCUUUCAACACCGAUGAAUACUGUUGUCGUGGUGCUCAUAACACACCUGAAACCUGCAAGUCCUCCGAUUGGCCCGUCGAUUAUCCAGCCUUCUUUAAAAGCAAUUGCCCUGAUGCUUACAGCUAUGCUUAUGAUGACCAUAAGAGUACCUUCACCUGUCAAGCCGAAAAAUAUCGCGUCACCUUUGGUUAAGCGUUUUUGUAUUUGUUUAAUAAAAUAUUUUUCUCAGUAAAACACAA